AUGAUGGAUAUCUAUCAAAUUGGUGACUUAUUUUGUAAAUGCAAAUGCAGUCAUGAAGUAGAAUCGCGAAUGACUGGUAUUAAAGAAAACAUUUUGGAAGCACAUUUGGAAGUCAAAAAUCAUCUGAUCCGAAAUUUAGAAGAUAUUAUUGAUGAACAAGAGGCACGAAUCCAAAAUAUGGAUGAUUUUAUUAACGGCCGCAUCAAAUCACUUAGUGUGCGCAAUAAUAUUCUCAAAGGUAUCUCCCUAUUAUCACUCGAAUUUGGUACUUUAAGCAAUGAAAAUUUAGCACUUAAAGAAGCUCUGGUUCAUGCUCAACGUUCAGUACGGUUAUUGCAGCUGAAACUAGAAAAUUGUUCCAUUUCAGAGGGUGAAUUGGUGAAAAUAUCCAAAGAUAUGCAAGAAGAAACACGUAAUGAUAUACUAAUAGUGCAAAAAAAUCUUGUGACAAGAAUUGAUUCAUUCAUGAAAUCUCUAGUGAAACGAUACCAACGUGAAGUUGACGCCCGAAAGCGCUUGCAUAAUCAAUUGGUGGAAUUGAAUGGUAAUAUUCGCGUAUUUUGCCGUAUACGACCAUCUAUUGGAACGUGUGAAAAAUCACUUCUAAUUGAUCCAUACAAUAACAGCUCAAUUACUGUGAAUGGAAUAAACGGAGAAAGACGGAAAUUCAGUUUUGAUCGAAAUUUUGAUGAAAAUCACUCGCAAGCUGAAAUUUUUGAAGAAAUUAUUCCGAUCAUUAAAAGUUGCAUGGAUGGUUACAAUGUUUGCAUAUUUGCAUAUGGCCAUACAGGAAGUGGUAAAACAUAUACAAUGGAGGGACCUGGUGAUGAUCCUGGUAUUUACAAACGAUCACUGAUUUAUCUUUUUCAGUUGGCUAAGGAAAGACGCAGUGAUUUCGAUUACACAAUUUUUAUAUCAAUGCUUGAGAUAUAUAAUGAGAAAAUCAGGGAUUUGCUAUCAAAAAACAAAAGUAAUUUGUCAAUCAAAAUCGGUGAUAGUGGUGCACUGGAAAUUCCAGGUUUACUAGUAACUAAAAUUAAGACGUUAGAGGAAGUUCAAGAAGUACUGGAACGUGGAAGACACAACCGAGCUUGCGCGAAAACUGAUCUGAAUGAUCAAUCCAGUCGUUCACACGUAAUUGUUCGUAUUCAAAUUAAAGCUGUAAAUCGUACAACAAAUACAAUCUCUGAAAGUCGAUUGAAUUUAGUUGAUCUGGCAGGUUCUGAACGAGUAAGCCAAUCUGGUGCAACAGGUCAACAGCUGAAGGAAGCACAGUGCAUCAAUAGGUCAUUAUCGGAAUUGGGUAAUGUUGUAACUGCUCUGCGAGAACGUCAACAGCACAUCCCAUUCAGGAAUUCACAGUUGACUCGUUUAUUAGAAGACUGCUUAAAUGGAGACAGCAAAACGUUGGUAGUCGUACAAUUAGCGCCUGAAGCUGCUACCAUUCAAGAAACUGUAAGUAGUCUUAAUUUUGCAAAUAAAGUAAGUAGAGUCCAAACAAGAAAAGCUAAUGGCAAAAAUCUGCAAGUGUGCUAUGGAUCCUUAUCAGUUUCAUCCGGUAACUCAAGGUAUUGCCUUUAA